AUGAGCUUUCGUGACGACUGGCCCAAGAACCCGGAUGGCAUCGAUUUCGACGGCAAGGGGCUACUCAAACUCGUUCGAAGCGGUCGUAGUCCCUUUCGGAGCGCCUGGAAUGUCGAGUUGCUCAUUAGGGAGAUAGAGGAGAAGCUUGGAUCCAAGAUCGUUGAUAUCCCUUCCGUCCUCAAGGGGUCGAAUAAUUAUGGCUUCGACAUUACGAUGGAGAAUGGAGUGCGCAUCCUGGCUCGUCUCGCUCGAGGGGACGUCAACAUGCCAGACUUUGAUGGCUUUCCAGUGGAGGAGCAAGUGGCAGAGGUCGAGUUCGAGGCUGCAGCGUAUACUCUAUUACGUUCCGAGGCCACCAUUCUGCCCUCCCGCUUGCUUUAUCACCGUGUUCCAGUGCUAGACAUUGGAAGGAGCAAUGAUAUACCAGCUACCAUCAAAGGUCGACGACUGCUUGUGUUCGAAAAGGCGGACGGAGAGAACAAUGUAUGGGCUGAUCUCGACUCUAGACAGAAGAUGAAUUUACUUGGACAAUGCGCCAAUAUGCGGGCCGCACUUUUCAAAUUUCGACUCCCAAUGGACUUCGCCGCUCGUUGGCUCCGCGAACGGCUCUUCGCACAAAGACCCGAUUCAUUCCCUAUCCCCGUCGCUCCCACUCGCGAUUUUACUCACGCGCUCUUAACGUCCAAAAUUGAAGCUACGAUCAAGAACGUAGGCGACAUGAUCGGCUGGGAAGAUGAUAACGAAGUCGUAGGACCAAUCGCUGCAGCCGCCAAACGCUCAAUGCUUCAUCUCCUACCCCAUAUCCUACCCGUCGGGAGCGACCAGUUUGAGAGCGCGCUGUAUCGCCUCGUUUUGGAGCACGGCGAUUUGGGUAUCCAUAACAUGUCGAUCGUGAGAGCUGUUGAUGGAGAUCCUUUGGUCACUUCUGUGUAUGAUUGGGAGACGGGUUGUAUCGUGCCCGCCAUUCUUUCAGAUCCCCUCAUGGCAGUGGAAGUUGAUUUGGUGGUAGAUGAGGACGCGAAGCCGGCGAUCUCCCGCAUUCAUGAUGCCUCGUCGGAAGAGUAUCGGUCGCAGUGCAUGGGAUGGGCGAAAUGCUACUUCGACACUCUCUACAUCCAAGCUCCGGAAUACGCUCAAGCAAUCAAGGCUGGGAGGGACGUUCGGCAUCUUUGGUUAGCCCUGCGUGAGUGGCGAGGCGAUGACCCCGAGGGUUACUUCGGAGAGUUAGGUGCCUGGGCCGAGAAGAGAAUGAAGGAACUGAUGAUCUGA